AUGAGGUCAGACCCUAGCCGAAGGAACCAGAAAAAAUACUGCAGGUUCCACGGCGACGUUGGCCACCACACCAAAGAUUGCGCCGAUCUUAAAGAUGAGAUCGAGAGAGUAAUCCUUGAGGGGAGGCUGCAGGAGUUGAAAGCCGAGCGGAGACCUAGAAAUGAUGGCCACGGCGGAGGAGACUCAAGGAGAUCUCAGAAGGACUACGCCCACGAGGCCAGAGGGGUUUACCAUGAAAGGUUCUGGAGUGUCUCCGCCGUAAAAAUACUAAGAUUCAGCAGCGCUGACGUAGCGUUUAAUGAGGAUGACGCCAGCGGAGUUCACUUCCCCCACAACGACGCGUUGGUGGUAGAAGCCAUGAUCGGGAACCAUACUGUGUGCCGGAUCCUAGUGGACAAUGGGAGCUCGGUAGACCUCCUAUACUCCGACUACCUGGAAAAGAUGGGGAUUCCAAAGGAGCAGUUGGAAAAGACCUCCAGGCCGUUGUACGGCUUUACAGGGGACUCCGUCAUCCCUCAGGGGACUAUCCGGCUGCCCAUAACCGCAGGGGAGAAACCUCGACAAGCCACCACAGUGGCUAAUUUUGUGGUAAUAAAGGGGGGCUCCCAGUACAAUACCGUGACUAGAAGACCAACCCUCCAGGCGCUGAGGGCAAUCACCUCUAUUUACCACCAAAAAGUCAAAUUUCCUACCCCAAAUGGCGUGGGCGAAAUGAAGAGCAACUAG